AUGAUGGCUGUACAACAACCUCGUUAUCAACAACAACAACAACAACAUCGGAGAAGAUCGUUACGAAUUCCACUCAUCCAAUCAAGGGCAAAGAAGUGGGACCGGUGCAUGCAACGUCGUUUUGAGAAGGCCAAAUGUUUGUAUCCCAAGAAAUUCCCUGUCCAUUUGUAUCCAAACUGCGAUUGGGAGAAGAGAACAAGGAACAAGCUGCCAGAUCUUGUGGCAGAACUGAUCAGAGAAAAAUCACCUCAAUGCUCAACAAGUGAAAAGAUGUCCAAGCUUGCACACAACAACAAUGGCUUGCAACCAAGAUUGGAACCAUGUCAAGCACCGACAAAGAGUCUCUAUUCCAAUGACCGUCCACCAAUACAUGAUUAUGAUCCUGGUUAUGAAGUAGACAAUGAGUAUGAGGAGGAGCUUGUGUGUUGUUAUGAACAAGAUGAGUCAAAGCAUGAUUGCCACUCGUAUCACUUCUCAAAUCAGUUGAAUGUUCUAAAUCAUCCAUAUGUCAUUGAACGCUUUAAGGUGAGAGUGUUUUACUCAUAA